AUGCUGAAGCGGGAACUCGGACAGUGGUUACUGCCCAACGUCCUAGUGCUACCAAUAACGGAGGACAGCUGGCGUGUCCCCUCAUCCUCUAGCGAUGAUCGCUUCUGGCACCUGAAACACCUGUGGAACCAGGACUACAGAUUGAUGGGCACAUGGAGACUGACUUACAUGCCAGCGUUUGCCCGGGACAUGGGGCAUAGGUACGUCAUGCAGCUUGACGACGACUCCUUCAUUAUGAGUCCUGUGGGCUUUAACAUUGUGGAGCUCUUCGACAAGCAGAGCUAUCUUUUGGCGGCACGCAACAUCAUGAAGGAUGUCCCCACGGUGACAUGGGGCCUUCCAGAGCUUACACGCUUUUACCUCGUCGCCAAUAAAAUCGUGCCCACGAGACUUUUCGAGCAUUGCAAGCCACAUGACUUAAGUGGACUGUACACGAAGCUGAGCAUUGCCAAGGGGCAUGAAUUUCCGGACGAACAAACGAAGGAUCUCAAUAGAUUGCGACUCCCAAAAAGUGGAGGCUGGGACAUGACAAUUUUGUACGGCAACUGUCUGAUGUGGAGCCUCGACUGGUGGUUCAAGCCCGAGGUGAACCGAUUUGUGCAGCUAUGCCUGGCGAGUGGAGGCGUCGUUAAUUAUCGUUGGAACGAGCAGGCAGUAAUUUCCAUGAUGUGGCAGGUCUUUGUUAAGAAGGAACAGUUUCUCAUGUUCAACUUUACAUACCUGCACAGCAAGAAAUCAGAUGCGGUUAAAAAAGUAGAAGCAAGUAUUGUGCACCCUCCGGGAUGAUGACAUACGACAAAUGAUGGAGCUCCUCGAGGCAAUCAUCUGAUCGCCUACAUACCUACCCAUUAAAUUUAAGCAGGCAACGUAUGCUGGCUAGGACUUUUAUUGUGUUUUUUAAUGAUCUGAGCCGCGAUGAGGGAAAUGGCGAUGUCCCCGGUGAUGUAUUGUAUGUAUGUGUGCAUGUGUGUGCACUUGCAUGUGUGCUGUGAGCUUGCCUGCAGUAGCGCCUUUCGCGGGACAUCAUGUACUCUCAUGUGCACAAUGCUCAAUGAUGCUUUACAGACUUCAUGUGUGUGUGUGUGUGCGUGCAUGUGACACAUGCAUGCAAGAGCCUAUCCAACACGUCGAACCUCGCUAUACCUGGAAGGCGAUGAUUACACUUACUAAAAGCUGUUAGGCGGUCCAUCUUGAACGUGCUUCUUUGCAGAAAUGUAACUGUCCAUCUAGGCAUCGACACGUCGAGGUCGCCAUGCCUUUACUGGAAAACAGAUGAUCGUUCGGAUUUGGGCUUUAUGACCCUGAUCUGACUUAAAUAGAGAUUUUAACCUCACGGCUACGAAUUAACUCUACGAAGCGAUCAUGCUCUACCCAAAAACACAUCCUCGCGUGGGCACGGUAGCGCUGCGUCUCAGUCGCAACGCAAACCAAGCACUGACAUGCUCUCCAACACCCAAGCAAGCUACCUACCCUGCCUAACGCUCUUAAUCGCGUUACCUUCCUACAUUGCAAGCUGACCGCACCCACCUCCGCAGUCUAUGACCUAAAGCACGACGAGGAACGGGGCCCCCUUCGCCAUCCUUGGGUGCUUGGGCAUAAAUUCCUAGUCGCUCUUGUGCCUUUGAAAGGCACGUCUCUUUCAUAUGGGGCCCAACCCGGGUUUCAGACUGUGAGCGAGUCCUUGUCCCCGUUGCGGAACGUUCGAAGUGUGUGUGUGUGUGUGUGUGUGUGUUACAACUUAAGAGCUGCGUUACUCUCCGAAAUAUGAUAGCUCUCUUUCCCGCUCGUUCUGGAAACAACAACAAAAUAACAACGCAAUCAAGGUAAGGUCUCUCUCUCUCUAAAGAAAGAAAAAGGGGACGUCACGAACACGAUCCGUGCUUGGCAGCAUCGUGCAAGUUGUUAAUGAGCUGCAACAUUACCCGAGGAUUGAGUAGACGUGAAGUACAAGGAAAACAGACAACAAAGCAAGGUAUCAUGUUUGUGCCAUCGCAUUAGACGGCGGGGGUCACUAUCGUCCUAUCGCAUCGGCCAUCUGGGUCAUUGCAGAUCAAAAGGCUCGAUUCCGCCCAUGCUAGGUCUCGCCUUAGGACCUUAGAACCUGUUUCAGGGCGCUGAGGCGCUCCAUCAUGGCGGGGGCCUGGGGGGCCUGUGCGGAAAGGUAGCGACAGGAGGAGAGAAGGCACACAUAGGCACACCACAUGGAGCCAUGCGCGGCGGCCAGUAGUCUCAGGAUGGCUCUUCUCCGGCAAGAUGCCACUUGAGGAGGAAUCCCACUCUUAUUGGACCUGAAACCUCGCGAAAACCCACCAGCAUAUUGCUGAAAGCAUUCGCCGCAUGCCGGGAGGAAUCUUGAUGGGCACCUACAAAUGUUCAGGACAAACGAUUAGCCAGAGC